AUGUCCGAACUACGUUUUGAUAACCAAGUCGUCGUCGUCACCGGCGCCGGCGGUGGCCUGGGAAAGGCAUACGCCCUUUUCUUCGCCUCGAGAGGUGCUAGUGUCGUCGUCAACGACCUCGGCGUUUCUCACAAGGGCGAGGGCCAGUCAUCAAAGGCCGCAGAUGUGGUUGUCGACGAGAUCCGCGCCGCCGGCGGUAAGGCCGUCGCCAACUACGACAGCGUCGAAAACGGUGAGAACAUUAUCGAGACUGCCAUUAAGAACUUCGGCCGCAUCGAUGUGCUCCUCAACAAUGCUGGUAUCCUACGUGAUAUCAGUUUCAAGAACAUGAAGGAUGAGGACUGGGACCUGAUCAACCGUGUUCACACCUACGGUGCAUACAAGUGCGCCAGAGCCGCAUGGCCUCACUUCCGCAAACAAAAGUAUGGUCGCGUUAUUAACACCGCCUCCGCCGCUGGUCUCUUCGGUAGCUUCGGCCAGGCCAACUACUCUGCUGCCAAGCUCGGCCAGGUCGGUUUCACUGAGACCCUGGCCAAAGAGGGCGCCAAGUACAACAUCAUUGCCAACGUGAUUGCCCCUAUUGCUGCUUCCCGCAUGACUGCUACUGUCAUGCCCCCAGAUGUCCUUGAGAACCUGAAGCCCGACUGGGUCGUUCCUCUGGUUGCAGCUCUGGUUCACUCCUCCAACACCACCGAGUCCGGUGGCAUCUACGAGGUUGGUGGCGGCCACAUGGCCAAGCUCCGCUGGGAACGUGCCAAGGGAGCUCUCCUCAAGACCGACGAGUCUCUGACUCCCGGCGCUAUUGCCCGCAAAUGGAACGAUGUCAACGACUUCUCCCAGCCCGAGUACCCCACGGGCCCUGCUGACUUCAUGAGCUACCUUGAGGAUGGCCUGAAGAUGCCUAGUGCCCCUAAAGGAGAGGAGCCUGAUUUCAAGGGCAAAGUCGCUCUUGUCACUGGCGGUGGUGCUGGUCUUGGCCGGGCAUAUUGCUUGCUGUUCGCCAAGCUUGGUGCCUCCGUCGUCGUUAAUGAUCUGAUGAACCCCGACGAUGUUGUUAAUGAGAUUAAGAAGAUGGGCGGCAAGGCUGUCGGCAACAAGGCCUCCUGCGAGGAUGGCGAUGCCGUCGUCAAGUCUGCCAUUGAUGCCUUUGGCCGUAUCGAUAUUCUGGUCAACAACGCCGGUAUUCUCCGUGACAAGGCCUUCACCAACAUGGAUGACAACCUGUGGAACCAGGUGAUCAAUGUUCACUUGCGUGGUACCUACAAGGUGACCAAGGCUGCUUGGCCCUACAUGCUCAAGCAGAAGUACGGCCGUAUCGUCAACACUGCUAGCACCAGCGGUAUCUACGGUAAUUUCGGCCAGGCCAACUACGCUGCCGCGAAGCUUGGUAUCUUGGGAUUCUCCCGCACUCUCGCCUUAGAGGGUGCCAAGUACAACAUCAAGGUCAACACCAUUGCCCCUAACGCUGGUACCAACAUGACCCGUACUAUCAUGCCCGAGGAGAUGGUUCAGGCCUUCAAGCCCGACUACGUCGCUCCCCUGGUUGUUCUGCUCUCUUCCGACGCCACCCCUGAGCCCUCCACCAAGGGUCUCUUCGAGUGUGGCAGUGGUUGGUUCGGCCGCACCCGCUGGCAGCGCUCUGGCGGCCACGGCUUCCCCGUGGAUGUCAAGUUGACCCCCGAGGAGGUUGUUGCCAAGUGGAAGCAGAUUGUCGACUUUGAGGACGGCCGUGCCGACCACCCCGAGGAUGGCCAGGCUGGUACCGAGCGUAUCAUGGCCAACAUGGCCAACCGUGUUAAGGGCGAGUCCAGCGGCGGAAACAACUACCUCAAGGCCAUUGAGAAGGCUAAGGGUCUCUCCACCGAGGGAACUGCCUUCGACUACGAGGACCGCGAUGUCAUUCUUUACAACCUCAGCUUGGGCGCCAAGCGCACCGACCUGCCUCUGGUCUACGAGAACCACGACCAGUUCCAGGCUCUGCCUUCAUACGGUGUUGUCCCCUGGUUCAACACCCAGACCCCCUGGAACAUGGACGAGAUUGUCAAAGACUUCUCGCCUAUGAUGCUCCUUCACGGUGAGCAGUACAUGGAGGUCCGCAAGUACCCCAUCCCCACUGCCGCCAAGACCUUGACUUAUCCCAAGCUCAUCGACGUUGUUGACAAGGGCAAUGCUGCCCUCGUCGUGGCCGGCUUCACCACCAAGGACGCCAACACCGGCGAGGACCUGUUCUACAACGAAUCAACUGUCUUCAUCCGCGGUAGUGGCGGCUUCGGCGGCUCUCCCAAGCCCACUGCCCAGCGCCCCAAGGGUGCUACCGCUUCCUACAAGCCCCCUCAGCGCGCGCCUGACGCCGUUGUCGAGGAGAAGACCUCCGAGGACCAGGCUGCCCUGUACCGCCUGAACGGCGACCGCAACCCCCUGCACAUCGACCCCGAAUUCAGCAAGGUCGGCGGCUUCAAGACCCCCAUCCUGCACGGUCUCUGCUCCCUGGGUGUCGCCGCCAAGGCCGUCUUUUCCAAGUACGGAGCCUACAAGAACCUCAAGGUUCGCUUCGCGGGCGUCGUCCUUCCCGGCCAGACCCUCAAGACCGAGAUGUGGAAGGAGGGAAAUACCGUUCUCUUCCAGGCUACCGUUGUUGAGACCGGCAAGCCCGCCAUCUCUGGCGCUGGCGCCGAGCUCCUCGAGGGCGCUAAGGCCAAGCUGUAA